AUUUGCGUUAUUGCUGCUGGACAUAGCUGGCUGCCAGAACCAGCAUGAUGGAACAGUUUGCAGGCUGACUAUCAUUGCCAUGGCCAGCCACAGGGUCUGAGAAGGUAGUACGAGCAUUUGAACUGAACCCGACCCCUUGGAAAGGCCAUCCAUCGUCCGGCGGAACUUAUCCCAAACAGUGAAAGCCUCCUACCGCCGUUCUGAGUUGUGUAAGAUGUUAGUAAGCGAGCACCGACGCGCUUCAAGUCCGAGUCCUCGGUGGAGUUUAUCGACAGUGGCUUCUUUGAUUGCAAUUGUGACUUGAGACGCUAUCCAUGUCUCGGGCCAUGCUUCUUAUGCCGAAUGCCUGAUAGAAUCGACUGCUGAUUUUCCGCAUGCUUCAAGGGUACACUGUAACCGACCAUUGAGCUCGGCAGUGGAUGUCAUCCAGAGUCACUUUCAUCUGGACCAGUACCUAGGUAGGGCUUAGCAAGCCAUACGAUCAUGUCACGAUUCGUGUCGGCAGGCACAGAUGCCGAUUCCAAGGUACCCGAUGAGGCCUGGCUAAAGGCUCAGCAAGAAGUGGAAGCGCAGAGAAAGCCAAAGCCAUCCGAGCCAGGCCAACAGGAAGGAGGCAAAAGCUUAUACGAGGUACUACAGCAGAAUAAGGCUGCCAAGCAGGAAGCCUUUGAAGAGUCCAUCCGUCUGAAGAACCAGUUCCGCCCUUUAGAUGAAGACGAGAUCGAGUUCCUUGACUCGGUGCUCGAGGCCGACAGGGCCAAGGAGAAUGCUGUCAAGCAGGAGACCGCGGAACAGCUCGAAGCUUUUAGGAAGCAACGCGCCUUGGCUGAACAAGCACUACUUGACCAGCAAGCAAGGGAAGCGGCGGAUAACGUCGAUACUACAGUGUCCAAGAACGUGUGGACGACACAGAAGAAAAAGCGGCGACGCGACAAGGAUGGCGAAUCUGGUUCUGCGGAGAAUCCUAAGGCUAGAAAACUUUCCUCUUCUACUAAUGAAAGGAAGCCGGUGUCACCGGUGUCAGCAGAAAAGCCACCAACUGCAACGUCUACCGAUACUCCAGAGCCCAGCCCAGAACGGAAGAAGUCGCAGACCGAAGCUCAGACGAUUCAGCCCAAGCCAGCCGCGGUUGGACUAGACUUGGGUGAUUAUAGCUCUGAUGACGACUGACGACUGACGAGAGCUCCUGAGAAUUGUUGCCUAUUGAGACUUUGCACAGUGCUGGAUUCUUUAAAGGCUGAUGGCUGAUACAGCCAAUCCUAACGCAGCAACCUCCUACUGUGGUUGCAAAGACAAUUACAUCCAGUGGAGCAUGGAUCUAGCAUGGAACAACUCUUGCCGGAGCGCGAUGGGCUUUAUGACAUGAGCGUCGGUCCAUUUGUUCUCCCACUACAUCCCUACGUCUACCUACGACUGUACGGUUGAUGAAAGCUCUUCCAGCACACGUGUGUCGAGCGACGCAGGCUUACUGGCUUUGACCACACGCGAAAGUACGGCAGAUCCACGGAGCCAGCAUCACAUAGGAAUGUAAUGCUGGAGAAAAGGGCAUGAUUGUCGUCCGCCAUUCAUGACUUCGAUCUGGCCACACCCGACGGAUGACAGCAUGCAAGACCAUCCACCCACAUUAUAGCUUUCGCACCAACACCACCGUAUCCAAACAAUGACCUAUUUGAAACUCCUCUGCCGCUGCUAUCAUGAUUCACAAUUGAGAUUAAGGCACUACUAGUAUGCAAAAGUAUUCGUGGUAGUAAAAGCAUACUUCAGAGCGGUGUUCUACUGUACGAUUUAGUAUGGAUUUCGAUGUUAGUUGCUGACAUAAGCAUGGGCGGCUGGGGUUCAGUGUUCACUGCAGUGUGUGGCACCACACAUUUUCCAUCAAGAAAAACAGAAUCACACAUGGACCAACAGACCAAAAAGAACCUUAAGUCCAAUUCAUGAAAAUCGAGAAAAAGCCAAAAAGAA